CCAAGCAGUUCACAAUUGAGUUAAACUUUUCUUAGCAUUGCUGUGGUAGAAAUGAAGAUUCGGUUAAUUGUGUGGCUUGUAAUUACUGUUUUUAACAGUUUAGUUGAGGGACAAUUCGAGUACUUUACGGAUGAUCCUCCGGAUGAUUACUUCAAGCGAAAAUCUCUAGAUGAUUGCCCAAUUCGGUUUUAUUGGGACAUGGACAAGUUCAACGUGCAUUACGCGUUUGGUGGAGUGCGAGCAGUUCGGGGCGAGUUCCAGCACAUGGCCGCUAUUGGUUGGAACAACUCUGGCAGCAUCAAGUAUUUGUGUGGAGGGUCACUGAUUACGUCAAGAUUCGUUCUGACUGCAGCCCAUUGCGUUGCCGAUGGAGAAGGGAAACCUCCCGCAACUGUUCGGCUUGGUGACACAAACCUUAAUUCAACAGAAGAUGCGCAGUUCAGUCAGCAGGUGCGAAUCAAGGCUCUCAAAAGGCAUCCACAGUAUCGCUUCAGCAGAAAGUAUUACGACAUUGCGUUGGUCGAGCUGGAAGAGGAGGUCAAGUUCAACGAGGCAAUAUGUCCGGCUUGUUUAUGGUUGGAGGAGAACGCUCCAACGGAGCAGAUGAAUGCCGUUGGAUUUGGUGUUACCGGCUUUGGGGAAGAACUUAGUCCGACACUGCAGAAGGUGAACCUUUCGGAACUAGACAAGGACGAUUGUCUGAGGAGAUUACCCAAGAACAGUCGUACCCUUCCUGAAGGAUUGGUGCAAUCGCAGUUCUGCGCGGCAAGCGAUCAUCAAGAUACUUGUGAGGGUGAUUCAGGAGGUCCGUUGCAGAUCGAACGGCUUGAUGUGAACAAUGUCAUGGUUCCUUUAAUAGCUGGAGUAGUGUCCUUUGGAACUCCAUGUACCGAGGGAUCAACCGGGGUGUACACACGGGUUGCUGCUUACAGAGAUUGGAUUGAGAAGGAAACUGGACGAUCUUUUAGUUAUUCAACAUGCGCCAGAACCUCGGGAUGUCACACAAGAAAACAUGUCCGAAGUAAUAUCGAUAGUCCACCUUCUGCACCGUUUCAUCGAGUUGGACUGCUGUGGAACCAUACCGACUUGAAUGAGUUCCAGUGUGGCGGUACCUUAGUGGACUACAAAUUCGUCCUCACGUCGGCACACUGUGCACGUUUCAAGCAAGGUUUCCCAAAGCUGAUCGUAGUGGGUGAUUCCAAGCAAAUCGUUUCGAUCGAAAGUGUUCACAUCCAUCCCAUGUACACGCCGGACAAACCGGAAAACGAUUUGGCACUGCUCAAAUUGACGAAAUAUUUGAACCCUCGGGGAGACAUGCUGCCAGCUUGCUUGUGGCGAGAAGACGAAGUUAAGGAUGAAUACGGACAAAUGCACUAUUCCACGUAUAGUAGUAGAUUUGAUUCUCUGAAAUACUUUCAUGAAGAUGUCUAUAAUCGGUAUGUCAUUGGAACGAAAAUUGAAGAAAACGGAAAGUGUACGAAUACAAGGUUCAGAAGCAAGAAUCUUCUCUGUGGACAGAACAAUGUCAAGGUCAUUCCAACGGUGUGCAAGAUUGACUACGGAGGUCCAGUGUCGAACAAAGCCAAUUUCCAGUGGACUCCGUACGUUUACGGAGUGGUUUCGACACUAAGUGAGAGCUGCGAAAACGAACUGGUUGGAACGAGAAUCGCACCUCAUCUGCAGUGGAUCGAGGAUACCAUUUUGAAUCACAACAACGAUCAGCUGAUAUUUGUUUCGUAGAGUUGGUAAAAC